AUGAAUCGACUUGAAAAGAAGUUGUCGAGCUGUUUAGAGUCGGGUGAUUAUUAUGAGGCGAAUCAGAUUUAUCGAACCCUUUACCAUCGUAUGUCUUCUCAGGGAAAAUGGCAUGAACUCCAAGAUUUACUCUAUAAUGGUGCAAUCAAACUCUUAGAUGUAAACGAACCAACAAGUGCCAUAGAUCUCGCUGAACUUUUCAUCGAAAGCCUGCAAAAAUCAAAUAUGCCCGUCUCAUCAUCUUUGCUUGAUCGAUUCGAGCAGCUUUUCACUCGUUUACCACCCCUCCUGGAGAAGGAAACAUCCACAGGUGGUAGUCGGAUGGACAGACGUAAUGAGUUCCUCUCUCGUGCCCUCAAGUGGACAAUGGCCGUUGGCGAGAAGAAACGCCAUCGAGAGAAGGGUCAUCCCGAUUUUCAUGCACGUGUGGCCAAAGUGCUUUGGCAUGAGAAUAAAUAUGUGGCUGCGAGGAAUCAUUUUUUCUUGAGUAACGAUUCAGAGGGAUUCGCAUCAUUCCUUAUCGAUUUCCAGCAACAUUGUGGUUUUAAAAGUGAAAAGGAUUUGUUUAUUGCGCAAGCCGUCUUACAGGUUUUGUGCAGUCGUCGUUCUAAGAUGGCGUGUGUUAUGCUGCAACUUUAUUGCGAAAAGCAUCCCGAGAUCGCUUCAGAAGCACCUUAUCAGUUGCCUUUGCUUAAUUUUGUGUGGUUGUUGACGUUAUGUGUCCAGUUGCGGAAUGUAACGUAUUUUUCAAUUAUAGUCGAACAGUAUCAGAAAUGCUUGGAGCGUGAUCCAUCCUAUCGUGAUUAUUUGGAUAAAAUUGGACAAAUUUAUUUCGGACUGCCACCACCACAAGAGUCUAUGAGUUCUGGUUUAUUUGGUACUCUCCUUAAAGGUUUGCUCGGUAGUAACGAGCCGACCGGAUCCUCUUUUGCGGAUGAUUCCGAUAGUGAUGAUGAUCUGGAUAAUUCCGCUUCCUUUAUGGAUGCUAAUGACGAUGAUAGUGAUAGAGUCGGUGCCACUAGGUCCACAGCACAUUCAGCGAGUGCUUCAUCAAAUUCAACAUCUCACUUCAAAUCGUCAUCCAGUCAGCCGCCGAAAAAGACUGAACCGAAUGAUAGCAAAGGUCCGCAAACAUCAGCAGAAAUGAAUUUUGAUAUGGAUUUGGAUUAG